AUGAACAUUAUUGUACUGUGUCGUAUUUUUGCACUUAUAUUAUCCUAUUUGUUUACCGUAAUAUCUAUAUUAGCUUCUACAAUCGCCCUAUUAACACCACAAUGGCAAAUAGUGACAAUAACGGAAUUUCAUGCUGAACAUCAGCAUGGCCUUUGGAUGGAUUGUAUUCUUGGAAAGAAGCAUGUACAAGGUACAUCUGAAAGGAGUCUUCACUGUACAUAUAAAUUUGAAAAUGCUCAGAAAAAUGAUUUACAAAAUGAUGAAGUUAAUGAAGAACAACAUAAGUUUCACAAUUGGCACAAAGCCGUUCUAUGUUUAUUACUUCUGGCGCUAUUAGCAGCUCUCAUUUUGUGUUGCUUUUUGAUGUGCGCAUUAUAUUUUCGUAUUGCAGCUCUUGUUUCAUGCACAUUAUCAUUAAUUGCAAGACGUCCAUGUUUCGCUGUAUUGGGCAUGAUAGUCGGAUUACCUUCCCGAGAGCGAUCUUGUCGAGUGUUGGCACAGUUGUGUUCUUUAUUAAUUCACACAAAGUUGAAAUUCGAUUUGUGCAGGGUAUCACUCGAACAUAUGAGGUCUAAUCGGAACCACAAUCUACUUGUUCAAUGUUUUAUCUCAUUUUUCCGGAUGCAAAAUCCGAAACGUUUAAUUCUUGAAACAAAUAUGAUGUGGACAGUUAAGUUACUUGUUUCCUUAUUCAUACCAUAUCUUUUGCAUGCUAAACGACAAGAGUCAUGUGAAGUAUGUGAGAAAGUUUUAAGUGAUGUGGUCGACAGUAUUGCGGCGAGUGAUCGCACUGAUGCAAACAGAAUUGAUGAGGCGCUGAGGGAACACUGCGGUGGAACAAAAGGAAAGGAGAACAAAUUUUGUUUUUAUAUUGGUGCUGUGCCUGAAUCUGCUACUUCUAUUAUGAAUGAUGUAGUAAAACCAUUAUCAUGGUCUAUGCCAGUGACGAAAGUUUGCGAAAAGUUGCGCACAAUGGAUUCACAGAUUUGUGAAUUGAAAUUCGAAUGGAUCACCCUUGAAUAUUUUCCAGAUAAGAGUAUUGAUUGGAAAACGGUGGAUCUUAAGAAGCUAAGAGUUAAAGAAUUGAAGAAAAUUCUUGAUGGCUGGGGCGAGGAAUGCAAGGGAUGCACUGAAAAAUCAGAAUAUAUAGCUAAGGUUGUAGAAACGAAACCAAAAUAUGUGAAAAAUGAACUGGUUCUGUUUCAUCGUUCAAUAGGAUCCAAUAUGGCAGGCGCAUUACCACGACGUAUUACGAAAGAGACGCAACGUCUGAUGGCAGAUCCUGUUCCUGGAAUUUCGGCUGUACCGGAUGACAACAAUGCACGUUAUUUCCAUGUAAUUAUUGCUGGACCAGAAGGUAGUCCAUUUGCUGGUGGAGUAUUCAAGUUGGAACUUUUUCUACCUGAAGAAUAUCCAAUGGCAGCACCAAAAGUCCGUUUCAUGACCAAAAUAUAUCAUCCGAAUAUCGAUAAAUUGGGGCGAAUAUGUCUCGAUAUUCUCAAAGACAAAUGGUCUCCAGCGCUCCAAAUUCGUACUGUGUUAUUAUCAAUCCAGGCCUUACUCUCAGCUCCAAAUCCGGACGAUCCGUUAGCAACGGAUGUUGCAGAGCAGUGGAAAAAUAACGAAAGUGAUGCAAUUCGUAUAGCGCAGGAAUGGACUCGUAUCCAUGCAAAUGGACAGUAG